GCGUGGUGGUCGUGGCGGCUGAGUCGCUCUCUGCUGCGUGAGUCCGCGUCGCAUUUGGACUUCUUUCGCACCCUACGUGGGCCUACGGUUGACGGCAGCAGCAGCAGCAAGAAGAAGAAGAAGUCCAUCGCGCGCGUUCGUUCGCAAAUCUCCGAGCCGAAUGUCGUGGGCGCGCGGGGGCGGGCGCGUGCCCGUGCUGGACGUGCACGCGGGGAACGCGGCCGCGUGCUGGGAGAGCGCGCGCCGCGCAGUGCGCGCAGCCUCCUUCAUCGCCAUGGACGCGGAAAUGAGUGGUCUGGGUAACAGAAAAGCAUUACUUGCCCAGUCAAUAGAAGAGCGCUACAUUGCGAUUCGUAAUGCAGCAAGGACACGCUCCCUGCUGUCCAUCGGCCUCGCCUGUUUCCGCCUCCUUCCUGGAAAGGGCUACAGCAGAUAUGAAGUGCAGGUUUUGAACCUGACGCUGCUUAGCACAGAGGAGUACACUGUGGAGCCACAGUCCUUAAAAUUUCUGGUGGAGCACGGCUUUGAUUUUAACAAGCAGUACACACAAGGCCUGCCCUACCGACCUGGCAGUGACAUGACUGCCUCAGACAGCACAGCGCCUGGUGCUCGGGCUCUGUUCUCAGAGGUGGUGCUUGCCGAACGGCCGCUGGUGCUACACAACGGUCUCCUGGACCUGGCGUUCCUGUUCCAGGCUCUGCAUACCACCCUGCCACCCACGCUACAAACCUUCAUGGCCGACCUGGCCACCCUGCUCCCAGCCGGCAUCUAUGACACCAAGCACAUUGUGGAGACAGAAACGGAUAUGGCAGCUUCCUUCCUGGAGUACGCCUUCCGCAAGUGUACACGGGGAGGGGUGAAGUCGGGCGUCGUGGGCAGCGGCGUGCACGUGCAGUUUGGUGACGUUCCCCCGUCCCUGCUGGACCACGUGGAUGAACGGCUGUGCCCCGAGCCCCGUGCCGGUCCAGAGAAGAGCGAGGAGGCGAUGCAGACGGAGCCUGCUAUAUGCGAACGAUUUGCGGGGUAUGGCUGGUGUUCAUUGGGAGUCAAGUGUCCACUUUCGCACGACAUGGAACGCAUCCUGGAUGACCACGAGAGGCUGGUCCAGACCAAGCGGCAACGUCGCUCACGAUCCCGGAAAAAAUCUCGUGCCAAAAGCGAGACGGACGGCAGCCCCAGCAGCCAGCCCAGUGUUCUCGUCGAUGACCCAGCAAAUAUGGCUGAAGUCCAAGCCGUUCGGGACAACCAAACCGUUGCCAAAAGAGAAACCGACUUUGGUGACGACUUGGUGUCAAAGCGACCCAAGAUGAGCGAGGAACACUUGGAGACGGUGGAAUUAGAGGAGCGGGUUUCCAGCCCGUUGGAUGUACCUCUCAAAAUCGAGGCACCUGCCAAAAUUUCCAAUGAUGACGAUGGCGGCGAGCCAGGUGACGGGAAAGAGUCGGAGAUAAAACUGAUGAAUUCGGCGGUGGCAGUGGCGUCUGGGAGUCACCGGGCGGGCUUUGAUGCGUUCAUGACGGGGUUUGUAUUUGCCAGCGUCCUUGCCUUCCAAAACGGGGGCUCUAGCCAGUGUGCAGGCGAUGUGGGCGAGCAGAUUGUGCCAGACGUGACGGAGAGCUGGCUUCCGAGCUGCCGCAACAAACUUUAUCUGAGUGGCAAGGCUAUGCCGCUGCACGUGUACAAGAGUGCCUUCUCGAACUCGUCCCGGGCGCAUCGUGAUAAGAUGACACGGUUGGGCAAACACAUUGAGUGAAUGGCUCCUCGGUCGAACCCAAUGCACAGGUAUUUACAGGCAAUUGUAUGGUUCGUAAUUGAUUUCUAGGUCAGGCCACAGUUAUUUGGCCAAGUUUUGUGUCAUUCAACUUACCAGACGAGACAAUAAUUGGCCAGCUUGUACAUACGAUAAUUUGUUUGGCAGUAUCGUGCGGUGGUGGAGUUUCGAAAUGACACAAAUUUGGCCAGAUCAUAAUAUGACUUAACCCAAACAUCUAUUACGAAUCACUCUUUGGUCUGUUAUGCCAUUGAGUAGGUGACAGUUGUUGGUACCCUAAGGAAGUGAAAAGGAGACUGGAGGUCAUCAGAUGGCUUUGGUUAGCAGCACUGACGCUGGUAGUAGGUUGUAAUCCAUUCAGCCACCUGUGUUUAAACUGGGUGGAUAAGUUCUUAAGCAUAUACAGCAAGGCUCAGUCUAGUCCCUGAUAACUGCACUAAAAUGGCAUUAAAAUUUGGUUCUUCACUUGGGCUAAAUUCCUUCUUCCAGACUUAAACAUAUUGGUUGGACUUUGACGAUGCUACUCUUUGGUUCUUUCGGUAAAGUCACGUAAUUAUAAAAUAAAAACAAAUCACGACGUUUCGGGUGCAACACAAGCGUUGGUCAUCAGGUGGGAAAGCAUGGUCUGCUGCUGAGGCAGACUGUUUUACUCAGCUACCAACACCAAUGACGAUUAUCCUUUUAAAAGUCUGCCUCAGCAGCAGACCAUGCUUUUCCACCUGAUGACGGAUGCUUGUGUUGCGCCAGAAACGUCGUGAUUUGUUUGAUUUUAUUUUAUACCUACGUGACUUUACCGAAAGAACCAAAGAGGAUGGAUUCCUGCAGUCACGAAAGCUUCAAAUCAAGAUUUUUGACUAUCCUUUGAACAUCAAGUGAAAAUGUGUGCCCCUAAUGUUGUGGACAAAAAUGUCACUCAAGGGAUCUCAGAAGUACGGCAAGUUCUCAUUUAACACGGUAGAUGCGUUCGUGUAAAGUGCCGUGUUAAGCGAAAAACACGUUUAAGCGAAAAUAAACUCCCCUAAAUAUUGUAAUGAUAACGUUCGGCAAGAUACAAUGUACACACACAUGGUCAGAUGGCGGGACAAAUAACUGAGGGUACUGUAUCAUUCCACGUACUUUAUCUUCCCUGCGCAGCUCAAGAAAGUAGAUUGUCGUCGACCGCUGUGCGAAGUGUUCCAUCAUGGAAGAACCGCAUUCUACUUCUUGGUUCUUUCGGUAAAGUCACGUAGAAGGGAAGUAAUAAAAUAAUAAAAAUAAAACAUAAUAAAAUAAUUCUCACGACGUUUCGGCCUGUUCUUCACCUGAGGACGGCUGCUUGCGUGUUGUGGCCGAGACGUCGUGAGAAUAAUUUUAUUUUAUUAUGUUUUAUUUUUAUUAUUUUAUUAUUUCCCUUCUACGUGACUUUACCGAAAUAACCAAGAAGAUGAAUCCCUGCAGUCACGAAAGCUUUAAAUCGAAAUUUAACCGCAUUCUAGUGAAAAUGCGUUGUGUGAAUACGCGUUAAGCGAGGACAUACCGUGGAUAUGAGAUAUUUUUAAUUGUGGGUCAUUCGCGAACAAGUGGGGUUAUGCAGUGCGCUUUAAGAGUAGGGUGUAUUUUUAUAGUCCGUUUUCCACUGCCACAUCUGAGCCAUGGCAGCACGGGGCUAUCGUGUUAUGGGUGAUUUUCCACUGGCUAUUUUCCGAGCCGAGCCAGAACCACUUUGUGCUUCAUUGGUGAGCGUGCACUGUGUGAGUGUAGGGUGGUUGUGUAUCGGUUAACGGACUGCGCUAUGAACCCGGCGACCCGAGUUCGAUUCCCGCUCACGGCCAACACCAGUGACGAUUAUCUCAGCCGGUCCUGGGCCUCCCCGAGGUCGACUCUGCCUCAGACGAGUACCUGGUGCGGUGUUUAGGCAUCGCCAUUAGGGAGACUAAGGCGGCCGGGCAUGGUGCCAGCCACCCACCCACCCCCUUGUGUGCCGUGCUGGCCUUCGUAGGUGCUCGCUAACAGCACUUGCCCCAACAGUCUGUUAAAGGCUAUUAGUUUGUGUACAUCCAUCUUCACUCGUUCAACGUGUGCUACGUCCGUGGCACAGCUUGCUUUUGCAGUGGAAAAACAACCUGCGCCUCCUGAAUCGCGCAGAGCUGGCUCGGCAUGGCUCUGGAACAGUUCGGAUGUGCCAGUGGAAAACAGGUGUCAAGUCUCAUGCCAUGAGGCCAAUAGAAACAGUAAUAAUGAAAUUGUGUGAAAAACACCAAAAAUAAAAUAGGUUGCGUGUAAUUUUUUAACUUUGUCAUAAGGUUUCGACUUGCACAACGUAUUAAUCUUACUUGCAAAUGUAUGCAAUGUUCACAAUGCAUUUCCCUGUGCCUCCAUGAUGCCUAGCAAUGUCUCGGAGAAUUUCCAGUAUUCUAAAAUGUCCGUGUUUUUAUUAAAAUAAAAAAAAACAUAUUUUGACUUACAAA